AUGCCAAAGAAGCACAGGCAGAUAUACCAACCCAAACCCGGCUCGAACUAUGUUCACCCUUCUCUCGGGGGAAGUCCUCGCAGUAGUGGAGACACUCAACCGAAACCAACCCUUUCCGUCAACGAACGUCUUUCAAACUUGAGACUCGCCCAAGCAUCUCCAGCUUCGAGUGAAAGAAAACGACAACUCGCCGAACUUUCGAAUCAAAGGUCACUACCUCCAAGUCUUGGACAGGGUAUCUUGGGUCAGACUGCUGCGGCAGCUCCGGCUCCAAGAUCAAACGGUACUUCUCAUAGAUCGAGAAUUCGAUUGAGAACGCCUGGCCCUGCUCCUCCGCCAAGUUGGGUGUCGAGACUGACAAGUCAUAGACAAGCUCUGGAAAAUCGUUAUUAUCCUGCUAAAAGGCAACCAAGGACUUUUGGCAAGAAUGGAGCUCCGAUGAGGACGACCCCGCAUGAUCUUGCCCGGUUCUUGAACAUGGCCAAUGAGAAUCCCGUGACUCCUGGAAGCUUACUGGACAUGUCACUGAAAGCAGCUGCGCGGAACUGGAUGGAUAUUGUGGAAGACUGCUUCGACUCUCUGGAUGUCAUACCGGCCCAUCUUCGUGUUGUAUUACUCAGCUAUUUGACCACUCUAGGACCGUCGGAGGGCAUCGACAUGGCUGGACUACACGCUCUCUUCCCAUACCCUGCUGAAGCAUCCUCUUUGGAUCUCUCAGGUCUAGCAGGCUGGGGCUUUACUCUCAAAGAACUGAGAAACUGGCUACACAAAUCAGCCAAAGACUCCAGAGACCAACUUGAAAAGCUUCAGGAUCAAGCGGACGAUAUCGCAGACUCGUGGGACCAAGAUGCUUCUUCAGACGACAGCGACUCAAUACGCUUCUCUAUCCCACUAUCGCUAGACACAGACAUCCAACACUUGACCAAAUUAUCACUAGCCUACCCUCCCUCCUCAAUCUCCUGGACAGAUCUGCUCUCCCUCUCCAAGAAUCUGCACACCAUAACCCACCUCAGUCUAGCACACUGGCCCCUGCCGACCCGAACACCCAACAGUACAUCUCCCUACGCCUCUCUCGACCGCGACUUUGAAGAACCAGCCCUAGUCCUCCGCAUGUUGGCCGAGAACACCUACUGCCUCCGUUGGCUCGACCUCCAAGCCUGUCACUCCUGGCUGCCCGCCCUAAUUCACCGUUCCUACGUCCUCCCUCUCUCCGACUCCGAAGAUUGGACACCCCAACAACAACGUCCCACAGGCCCAAAUUGGAAUGGCUCCUGGCGCCACCUAACCUACCUCAACAUAUCCCAAGACCCAUCCUCCUGGUUCCCCACCAACACCACAAUCCUAAAAACCUCUUCUUUCCGCCAAAAGAUGGCCAAAACUUACUUCCGUAUUGGAGUCAAACACCAACAGAUCAUUGAUGAUUUGAGGGAUUAUAUUUCAACUCACCCAGCACAACGAGAAUUCCAAAUCAACCAUUGUGGAAGCUGUCAUCCUUCUGCUGAUCUGGGAGAUUGUUGGGAAGAAUGUGCGGAUUGUAAUGCAUAUCUGGACAUGUUUGUGGGCUUGAUGGCGAGGUGGUUGGAAAGGGAGACUGAGGCUAGGACGGUGGCGAGAGGAAUUAUCGCUGCGAGACAGGGGACGGGUGUGAGGUGUGCGUUUGAUCACGGGUGGCAGGUUCGCGAGAGUUAUCCUGUGCUGAAUUGGGUGUGA